AUGGCCGACUGGGAUGAGAAGCAGAAACAAACCUGGGCUGCCGAAGAGCACAUUGAAGACGCCGACUUGAAGGCCGGUGUGCCCAGCGAUGUCACAGCCUUGUCAUCAAUCGAGGCUACCGCAGCAUCGACGGCUGCGUGGCUCAUCACCCUGACUGUAUCACUAGGAGGCUUCCUCUUUGGCUACGACACUGGCUACAUCAGUUCCGUGCUGAUCAGCAUUGGCACUUCCCUCGGCCACGAACUUUCCUCCAGCGAACAAGAGCUUGUCACAUCCCUCACGAGUGGUGGCGCCUUGGUGGGUGCGGUCUUUGCAGGCCUGGGGGCGGAUCGCUAUGGACGCAAGUGGCCAAUCUGGGCGGCUUGCCUGGUCUUCGUUAUCGGCACCGUCCUCCAGACAGCAUCAUUCCACGUGUCUCAGUUCGCGGUUGGCCGAUUCGUCGUUGGACUGGGUGUCGGUUCGGCAGCCAUGAUCGUUCCACUCUAUAUCGGCGAGCUGGCUCCUGCCAAAUUCAGAGGCCGCAUGAUCGCCUUCAACAACAUGAGCGUCACCUUUGGCCAACUCGUUGCUUCUGCAAUUGGCGCAGGCCUGGCACACGUUCCCGGCGAAGGCUGGAGAGGGACAGUAGGCAUUGGAGCCUUCCCAGCGAUUGCCCUCGCAAUCAUGCUUCUCUGGUGCCCAGAGUCUCCACGUCAGCUUGUCGCCCAUGGAAAUGUUGCACAGGCUGAGACUGUGCUCCUUCGCCUCUACCCAACCUCCACGCCCGAGCAGCGUCUGGCUAAGAUUCGAUCCAUCGAGAUUUCGAUCGUGGAAGCGACGUCCAGCCUCUCCCAAGAGUCACUCUGGGUAUCAUUCAAGCGAAUCUUCAAUACCCCCGCGAGCGGAAGGGCAGUGCUGGUCGCCUGCGUUGUCAUGGCCAUCUCUCAACUCGGUGGCUUCAACACCCUCAUGUACUACAGCGCCACGCUCUUCGCCAUUGUCGGGUUUGAGAAUGCAACUGCAGUUGCAAUCGUUGUCUCAGGGACGAACUUCCUCUUCUCGCUGGUCAACCUCUUCUUGGUCGACAGAUUCGGUCGUCGUCGAUUGCUUACAGUGACUGUGCUUGGCAUGUCGAUUUGCAUGCUCAUUGCCGCAGUCUCGUUCCACUACAUCCCGAUUGACCUCAACACGCUGAAGCUCGAGACUGAUUCAGCCGGGUGGGCUGGUAUUCUUGUCCUGGUCACCAUCAUCGCCUACGUCGGCUUCUACUCCUCAGGAGUCGCAACCAUCGCUUGGAUCGGGACCGAGCUCAUUCCACUGGAGGUGAGAGCUCUCGGAACGAUGCUCAAUACGGUCAGCUGCUGGUCUACGAACAUCAUCAUCUCCUCGACAUUCCUGAGCAUGAUGAAAGGUAUCACUCCAUCAGGGGCUUUCGGGUUCUACUGUGGUAUUUGCUUCGUGGGCUGGGUCUUCAUUGUCUUCUGCUAUCCGGAUGUUAAGGGCAUGCCACUUGAGGGCAUUCGAGAGGUUUUCCAGCAUGGCUUUGGAGUCAGGUUCUCCAAGCAGUGGCAGCGAGAGAACAAGAACUCGCCAAAGGUGACACAGCAGACCUUUGGUCACUAG